AUGGAAAUUAGGAACAACGUGACUGAGUUUGUUCUUCUGGGGCUCACACAGAAUCUACACAUGCAGAAAAUCAUAUUUGUUGUGUUUUUGGUUAUCUAUGUAUUCUCUGUGGUGGGAAAUUUGCUUAUUUUGAUCACCAUUACAAACAGCCAACUGUUGGGAUCCCCUAUGUACUACUUCCUGGCCUAUCUCUCCUUUAUUGAUGCCUGCUACUCCUCUGUCAAUACACCUAAACUGAUUUUUGAUUCACUCCAUAAAAAGAAAUCUAUUAAAUUCAAUGGGUGCAUGACCCAAGUUUUUGCAGAACAUUUUUUUGGAGGAGCUGAGAUUAUCCUGCUAACUGUGAUGGCUUAUGACCGCUAUGUAGCCAUCUGUAAACCCUUGCACUAUGCAACCAUCAUGAACCGACAACUCUGUAACAUCCUUGUGGGUGUGUCAUGGGUUGGAGGCUUUCUUCAUGCAGGUAUACAAAUGCUUUUCAUGAUUGGAUUACCUUUCUGUGGCCCUAAUGUCAUAGACCACUUUAUGUGUGAUCUGAACCCCUUGCUUGCUCUCGCCUGUGUUGAUACCCACAUUCUAGGACUCUUUGUUGCUGCCAACAGUGGCUUCAUCUGUCUGUUGAACUUCCUCCUACUGCUUGUCUCCUACCUGGUCAUCCUUCACUCGCUAAAGAACCACAGUGCAGAAGGAAGGCGCAAAGCUCUCUCUACCUGCGUUUCUCACAUUACAGUGGUGGUUUUAUUUUUUGUGCCCUGCAUAUUUGUGUAUAUGCGACCUGCAGCUACAUUACCGAUUGAUAAAGCAGUUGCUAUUUUUUAUACUAUGAUAACUCCUAUGCUAAACCCAUUAAUCUACACUUUAAGAAAUGCUCAGAUGAAAAAUGCCAUUUGGAAGUUGUUUAGUACAAAAGUUUAG